GAAUGAAUACAUUACAUUCAAUUCAUGGAAGGAUGAAAACCUCUGAGAUGACACCAACAGAAAAAUUAAAAUGGCACAAGGAACUUGUGGCAAGAAGGGAGACAUCUAUACUGGAACCCGUAAUAUUUGAUGAAGUUGCGGUUUAUUUUUCGGAAGAAGAGUGGGGAUUUUUAGAUAAGGUUGAAAAGGAUCUAUACAAAGAUGUCAUCAUGGAAAAUUAUCAGUGUGUCAGAUCAUUAGGCUUUCUCAGUAUAAAACCAGAAAUUGUAUUAAGGAUUGAGCAAGGAAAGGAGCCAUAUGUAAGCAGUGAUCAGGAACUUAUGUGGAGAAUGAACAUUGAUAAGGUGCCUAUGUAUGAAAAUAUUCAAGAAGAAUACCGAAGACCUUGUCAAAGAUUAUAUUGGAUACGGGAUGAAAAUGUUCUCUGUUACAGCAAAGAAGGACAAAGCUAUUCAAAUCUAACAAAAAGUUCACCUUUUACAACUUGUACACAAAAUGUAUCAUUUGUGCAAGAAAAUAAACCAUACUCAACUAAGCUUUAUGAAAGAACAUUAGGAAACAGUAACUUUGAUAACCAUAUACAGCUUAAAAAAAGGGAGUUGCAAGGGAGUACAAUAUCAUAUUCUCAUUCCAUACAGGGGAGAUCACAUACAUGCACGAAAUGUGGGAAAAGCUAUAACAGAUCACAUCUGAAAUCCCUGAAUAAAAUGCAUGUAGACAAUAACUCAUAUGCAUGCAGUAAAUGUGAUGAAUGUUUUGAAGAAAGUGCAACUUCUGUCACUCACCAAAAUAUGGAGAAAAAAGAAAAGCCAUUUUCCUGCCCUAAAUGCAGCAAAACAUUUUCUCAGAAUUCACAUCUGAUUAUGCAUCUACGAUUCCAUAUAUUAAAAGAACCUUGUCCUGAAUGUGGUAACAUCAUUACUAACAUAUCAAAAAUACAGGAUGUCCAAAGCAACUGUUCUAAAUGCAGCCAGCAUCUUAUGCAGGUACUAGAUGAAAUUAACCAAUUAAAAACUCCCAAGACAGAGAAGAGUUUCAAAUGUACAUUGUGUGACAAAAGUUUUACCCGCAGUGCUAAUCUAGUGGUACACCAGAGAAUGCACACAGGAGAAAAACCUUAUAGCUGCUCUGAAUGUGGUAAAGCAUUUACAGACAGAUCAAACCUGGCUAGCCAUCGGAGAAGUCACACUGGGGUCAAGUCAUAUUCAUGUAAUGAGUGUGAAAAGACUUUCAAGUACAGGUCGGCUCUAGUUUUACAUAAAAGAGCUCAUACAGGAGAGAAACCAUUUUCUUGUGAGGAAUGUGGGAAGAGUUUUUUCUGCAAAUCCCGUUUGCUUUUGCAUCAGAAGGGACACACAGGAGAAAGACCUUAUGCUUGUAAUGAAUGUGGGAAAAGUUUUACAUGUAGCUCCACUCUUGUGAAACAUCAAAUUAUUCAUACAGGGGAGAGACCUUAUGUGUGCCUGGAAUGUGGAAAAACUUUUAUCAGAGGUUCACAUCUGGUUAUACACAAAAGAACUCACACUGGUGAGAAACCAUUCACGUGCAAUGAUUGUGGGAAAGGUUUUACAGACAAAUCAAAUCUGUCCAGCCACCAGAAGACACAUAAAGAAGAGAAAUUAUAUUCAUGUAGAGAAUGCGGGAAGAAAUUUACUCAAAGCUCAACGUUGCUUAAACACCAGCAAAUUCACACAGGACAUAAACCUUAUGGAUGCACUGAAUGUGGAAAACUAUUUACUCGAAGCUCAAACCUUAUUAUACAUCAGAGGAUGCAUACAGGAGAAAAGCCGUAUAUGUGCCUUGUGUGUGGUAAAUGCUUUGCCCAUCGCUCUCAUCUUGUUAAACAUCAGAAAAUCCACAAAUCUUGAUGUUUCAUCUGGAAGUGCUCUCUUUUAGCAUGUAUAGUAUGCAAAUAACUAUUUAAAAUUAAAUUAUUAAAUGGUAAUAAUUAUUUGAAAUAAA